UUGUUACGUAUGACAUUUGUCGUAUAUAUUUUUCCCCAUUGUGAGUAAACUACUCGAUGACUUAUAGACAUUUGGAAAAUCAGCAGAAAAAAAAGAAGUGCAACUACACUUGAUAGCUUGUGUUAAGCACUAAUUCACUGCAUAGCGAAUAAAAUCAUUCCAACAGGAUAGUUGUACAUUCUGUAUUUAUUACAAUUUAGUUUUCGCUUCAAAUUUAGAUAUAAAUAACAGGAUAGUUUAAUGGACGCCAUCGUUGGAGAAUCAUAUGUGUCAAGAACUCAUAGCGAUCGAAAUAAUACGGCUUCAGAUGAAGGCGGUUCGAGUGAUAAGAAUACUCGCAAAAACACUAAAUCAACUAGCAGACGUCAACCAGAAACAACAUAUGGCGGAAUGGAUGAAAGGCAGCCAAACAUUGUUAAUGAUAACGAAGAGGUAGUUAUACGUAGUGGGCGGCCCAGCGGAAGUAGUGGCGAUCGUCAUCCGGGUGGUCCAAGUCAUGCAGAACCAGGCGAUGAGGAAGAAGAAGGCCUUAAAUACGGCGCUCAACAUGUGAUCAAACUUUUUGCACCGGUUUCAUUGUGUAUGCUGGUCGUUGUUGCAACCAUCAACUCCGUGAAUUUUUACUCCACAAAAGAUGUGUAUCUAAUCUACACACCGUUCCAUGAACUGUCGUCAGACACUGGUAUGAAGAUUUGGGAUGCGCUCGCCAACUCACUGAUCCUAAUGACAUUCAUCGUUCUUAUGACCAUUCUGCUGAUAUUUUUAUACAAGAAACGAUGCUACAAAAUUAUUCACGGAUGGCUCAUGCUCUCAUCCUUUUUGCUGCUAUUCAUUUUUAGCUACCUGUAUCUAGAAGAACUCUUGAGAGCCUACAAUAUUCCAAUGGAUUACAUUACGGCACUGAUGAUCAUGUGGAACUUUGGAGUUUGUGGAAUGAUGUCGAUCCAUUGGCAAGGCCCAUUGCGACUGCAACAGGCUUAUUUGAUAUUCGUAGCCGCACUGAUGGCAUUGGUAUUCAUUAAAUAUCUACCCGAAGUAACGACAUGGGUUGUUUUGGCUGUGAUUUCUAUCUGGGAUUUGAUUGCUGUUCUGUCGCCGAAGGGUCCAUUGCGUGUGCUUGUUGAAACAGCACAAGAACGUAACGAGCAAAUCUUUCCAGCAUUGAUUUAUUCUUCUACUGUUGCUUAUUCGAUUAUGACCACGACUGAAUCGACGGAUGCGGAAACUGGUGAGAGAAAUGUCAGUAGACGGCGUCAAGCUGAGCCAACAGCAUCACCAACGGCAUCACCAACGGCAGAAGGUACGGAUUUUCAAAUGGUCACGUUUAAAGAGAAUGGAACGAUUAAAGCUGGGUUCUCUGAAGAGUGGUCUUCGACAAAUGAAGAACGGUCACGACAACGUCAAGUGGAGGUACAAGCUAACAUUGCUAGCAAUCCAAAUCGGCCAACUGAAUACCGCACAGUGACAGCACCACAACAGCCGCCACCUCAACAAGAAAUGGAAGCUGAAGAACGCGGUAUCAAACUUGGAUUGGGUGAUUUCAUUUUCUAUUCGGUUCUUGUUGGCAAAGCAUCGAGCUAUGGUGACUGGAACACAACCAUUGCAUGCUUCGUUGCAAUUUUGAUUGGUUUAUGUUUGACAUUAUUAUUGCUGGCCAUUUGCCGGAAGGCGUUACCCGCUUUGCCCAUAUCAAUAUUUUUCGGAUUAUUAUUCUGUUUCGCCACAAGUGCAUUGGUCAAACCGUUUGCUGAUCAUCUGUCCGCCCAGCAAGCGUUUAUUUAACGUCAAUUUUAAUACGAUUCUGAGCGAUGAACCUGUCUUUUUUUAAACAUUUAAAUUUAAGCGAGUUAUCAAUAAUAAAUUAAUUUAGGCUAUUUACAUUUCAAAAUAAAACAACAACAAAUAUGCUCUGAAUUUUUUCCCCGUCAUUAAAAAAAAAAAAAUUACUAAAUUUUAAAGCGACAACAGAAAUGACCGAAUUGAAAAACGGCUCAAAUCGGUUUAUCUCACACUGUAAACAUUAUUAAUCGUUUUUUUAUUUACAAAAAAAAAAAAUUAGGUGCGCCAGUCGGUCGCCACAAAUGUAACUAAUUUCGGUAUGACGUCCAAGUCCAAUGUUUUCCAAAUGGACGCAUGACUGAUUUUAUUUAAAAUUCGAAAAAAACAUUCAAAAUUUAAUUUUAUUUCCGCAUUAAUCAAACAGAAGAAUAUUUAAAUUGUAUUUUCAAAGGAAAAUAAAUAAUAUCGACAGCA